ACACACAGACACACACCACACAGACACCCACAGCGGUGCCGGCGGUGGCGAUGGAGCCCCCGCGGCCUUUCCCCGUGCUGCUGGUGGCCGCGGCCCUCCUCAACACCCCAGGAGGCGGCGGCGGGGCGGAGGAGGCGGCGGAGCUGGAGGUGAGGCAGCCGGCGGGCCCGGUGUCGGCGGCGGCGGGGGAGACGGUCACCCUCAACUGCACGCUGACGGCCCUGGUGCCCCCCGGCCCGGUCCGCUGGUACCGGGGUAACGGGACCCACCGCUGGGAGAUCUACAACUUCAAGGAAGGCUCCUUCCCAAGGGUGACCCCGGCCACCCUGCCCCGCUCCGGGGCCGAGCUGGACUUCUCCGUCCGCCUCCGGGCCAUCGCCCCCGCCGACGCCGGCGUCUACUACUGCGUCCGGUUCCGCCGGGGGAGCCCCGUCGACGUGGAGUUCCGCUCCGGGGGCGGCACGGAGCUGACCGUGAGCGCGCGUCCGUCACUUCCGGUGGUGACGGCCCCGGCGGGCCGGCUGCUGCCCGGCCAGGAGGGGGCGUUCACGUGCCGGGCGUCCGGCUUCUCCCCGCGCGCCAUCCGCCUCACGUGGUUCAAGAACGGCAACCAGCUCCCGGCGGCCCCCGCGCGGGUGGCCCCCAGCGGCGGGGAGGGCGUGGCCUACGCCGUGUCCAGCACGGUGCGCGUGCGCCUGGCCGCCGACGACGUCCGCUCGCAGGUCAUCUGCGAGGUGGCGCACAGCACGCUCCAGGACCCCCUGCGCGGCUCCGCCAACCUCUCCCACACCCUCCGAGUGCCCCCCGAGGUGUCCGUGCGGCAGACGGCCGGCCCCCGCGCCCCGCCGCCCGGGGAGGGGUCCCCGCCGCCCCUGACGGUCACCUGCCUGGCGAGCCGCUUCUACCCCGCCGCCGUGCGCGUCAGCUGGCUGGAGAACGGCACGGGCACCGGCCCGGGCAUCGGCGGCGGCGGCGGCGGGGGUCCCGCCCGGCCCCGCGAGAACAAGGACGGCACCUUCAGCCUGGAGAGCCCCCUGCAACUCAACGCCUCGGCCCUGAGGACCCCCACCCAGCUGACUUGCCUGGUGGAGCACGACGGGCAGCCCCCCGCCCGGGCCAGCCUCACCCUCCGCCCCGUGUCCGCCGACGACGCCCGCGCCGGACCCCCGGGGGGUCCCGGCCCGUCGUCUCCGGUGCUGAUCGUGGUGAGCUCGGUGUGCGCGCUCCUCUCCGCCCUGCUCGUCGCCGCCGUCUACGCCGUCCGCCUCAACCACAGGAAAGCUAAAGGGUCCAUGUCUUCCACAAGGUUACACCAGCCCGAGAAGAUCACGAGAGACGUCUCCCAGGCGCCGGACGCCCAAGACCUGAACAGCGACAUCACGUACGCGGACCUGAGCCUGCCCCAGGGGAAGCCCAGCCCGCCGCCGGCCCGGCCCGCGGACGACACGCUGGCCUACGCCGACCUGGACAUGGUCCACCUCAACAGGGAGGCCAAGAAGGCCGGGCCCAAGGACGACAGCCCGCCCUCCGAGUACGCCUGCGUCCACGUGCGGCCCCGGGGGCCUUGACCGGGCCCGCGCGCCCGCCGCCGCCGCCGCCGCCUCCUCUCCCCGGCCCGGAGCCGCUUCCCGUCUCCGGGACCGCCGCCCCGCCAUCUUGCUCCUUUGGGGAGCGAGGCGGUCCCGUCUCGUCAUUUUGAGUCACCCAGGCCUCCAUCCCCAGAGAAAUCCCCCGAGGAUGGCGUUCUUUCGCGUCCUCUCGGCCAGAGAGGCGCGAGGAGCGGCCAUCUUGGAUUUCGGGGCCGCGGCGGAGGCCAUUUUGAGUCACUAAGGCCCUUUCCUAAGAGAAAUCCCCCGAGGAUGGCGUUCUCUCGCGUCCUCUCGCCGGAGAGGCGCGAGGAGCGGCCAUCUUGAAUUUGGGGGCCGCGGCGGGGGCCAUUUUGAGUCACCGAGGCCCUUUCCUCAGAGAAAUCCCCCGAGGAUGGCGUUCUUUCGUGUCCUCUCGGCCGGAGAGGCGCGAGGAGCGGCCAUCUUGAAUUUGGGGGCCGCGGCAGAGGCCAUUUUGAGUCACUAAGGCCCUUUCCUCAGAGAAAUCCCUCAAGGAUGGCAUUCUCUCACGUCCUCUAAGCCAGAGAGGCGCAAGGAGUAGCCAUCUUGAAUUUGGGGGCCACGGCGGAGGCCAUUUUGAGUCACCAAGGCCCUUUCCUCAGAGAAAUCCCCCGAGGAUGGCGUUCUCUCACGUCCUCUCAGCCGGAGAGGUGUGAGGAGCAGCCAUCUUGGAUUUCGGGGUCGCGCCGGAAGCCAUUUUGAGUCACCCGGGCCUCCAUCCCCAGAGAAAUCCCCCGAGGAUGGCGUUCUUUUGUGUCCUCUCAGCCAGAGAGGCGCGAAGAGCGGCCUUCUUGAAUUUGGGGGCCACGGCGGAGGCCAUUUUGAAUCACCAAGGCCCUUUCCUCAGAGAAAUCCCCCGAGGAUGGCGUUCUCUCGCAUCCUCUCGGCCAGAGAGGCGUGAAGAGUGGCCAUCUUGGAUUUCGGGGUCGUGCUGGAAGCCAUCUUGAGUCACCCAGGCCUCCAUCCCCAGAGAAAUCCCCCGAGGGUGGCGUUCUCUCGCGUCCUCUCAGCCAGAGAGGCGCGAGGAGUGGCCAUCUUGAAGUUGGGGGCCGCGGCGGAGGCCGUUUUGAGUCACCAAGGCCCUUUCCUCAGAGAAAUCCCCCGAGGAUGGCGUUCUUUCGUGUCCUCUCAGCCGAAGAGGCGCAAGGAGCAGCCAUCUUGAACUUCGGGGCCACGGCGGAGGCCAUUUUGAGUCACUAAGGCCCUUUCCUCAGAGAAAUCCCCCGAGAGUGGCGUUCUCUCGCGUCCUCUCAGCCAGAGAGGCACGAAGAGCGGCCAUCUUGAAUUUGGGGGCCGUGGUGGAGGCCAUUUUGAGUCACCAAGGCCCUUUCCUCAGAGAAAUCUCGAGGACGGCGUUCUCUUGCAUCCUCUCAGCCAGAGAGGCGCGAAGAGCAGCCAUCUUGAAUUUGGGGGCCAAGGCGGAGGCCAUUGUGAGUUAAUUAAGCACUUUCCUCAGAGAAACCCCUGAGGAUGGCGUUCUCUCGCGUCCUCUCGGCCGGAGAGGCGCGAAGAGCGGCCAUCUUGAAUUUGGGGGCCGCGGCGGAGUCCAUUUUGAGUCACCCAAGGCCCUUUCCUCAGAGAAAUCCCCCGAGGAUGGCGUUCUCUCGCGUCCUCUCGGCCGGAGAGGCGCGAAGAGCGGCCAUCCUGAAUUUGGGGGCCGCGGCGGAGGCCAUUUUGAGUCGCCCGGGCCUCCUUCCUCAGAGAAAUCCCCCGAGGACGGCGUUCUCUCGCUCUCUCAGGCGCGAAGAGCAGCCAUCUUGGACUGUUUGGAUGAUGGGGGGGGGGAACGAGGGCGACCCCCCCAUCUUUGACAGGGUCUCCCCUCAACCCCCGUCCCCGGCUAGACAGCCCCGCAACCCGCCAACCCUCCCGUGCCCCCCGCGUUUCCUCCCGCUUUGUAAAUUAUCCGGAAGCGCGACCGGCGCCAUCUUGACCGCCCCCCGGGGCGUCGGGGAAA